AGGACAACAGCGAAAGGUCAGGAGAGAAACGCCCUGUGGUUGGAAGCGUGAAUGCAGUGGGAAAGUCCCCGCGAGGAGCAACUAUAGAGCUUAUAAGAACAUGGAAGGACCCAAGAGCAACUUGCUGCAGCAUCGCAAGGGAGUUGCCGUUGCUGCUGAUGGCUGCAGGCUGGCCUACGAGACCUCUGGCGAUCCUCAAUCCAAGGACAAGGUGCUGCUGGUGAUGGGCUUCAGCUGCUGCCACUCGUACUGGGAUCCGCAAAAGGAAGUGCUGUGUGGUGGAGGAGAAGCGGAGGAAGGAGGAGGACUCGAGAUAUGCUGGUUCGACAACCGCGGGGUAGGGAGCAGCGACAUUCCCUUUGGGAGAUACUCGACCAGGCAGCUCGCUGCCGACUGCAUCAGCCUCAUGCAGGCGCUGCGCUGGAUCGACUCUCCUCCCCCUCCUCCGUCAGGGAGGAGCAAGGGCCUGAGGAGGAGGCAACUCCACACGAGCAACAGGCUGCACCUGGUGGGAUGGAGCCUGGGCGGAAUGAUCGUGCAAGAGCUGGUCCUCCUCCUCCUCGACGAGGGCAUCCAGCCAGCGUCGAUGCUGUUGGCCUGCACGCACAGCGGCGGUUGGAGGAUCCUUCCUCCUCUGGGCUCUUUCCUCGACAUCCUCCGAGUCGCCACGUCGACCAACCCGUCGAGGAGGAUCAGGACCGUCCUGCCGCUGCACUACACGACCGACUUCUUGAAGAGCGGAGGGCUGGGCGGCAUGGCGUCUGAGGAGAGGAUGAACGGGGAGGUGCUGCAUGAAGACUACAAGAGUCGCGCUCCCUUCCGUGACUUCUCCCUC